AUGACCGUCACAGAGUGCCAGCAUCCUGCUCCCAACCAAUUCCAACUAUUCAUCUCCAAGUGCGGGAACGAUCCGGUAACAUUUGAAUCCUUGUUUGACACAUCGAAAUCAUGUAUGGCUUCUAACCCAAGCUUUCGUGAAUGGCAGUUUGACGAGACCCUGGAGAACAUCCUCAGAGCUGAAAAGGGUCUAAUCCACUAUGAAGACCCAAGAAACAACAUUUCUUUACUGGCACGACCACCAAAGCAUAUCUGCGAGCUUAUCAGCGACAUCCAACAGGAAAUCGCAUCUGUAGCUGGCCCAUGCCUUUGGCUUUCGCCCCAGACUUAUCUUCAUAUGACCACAUCCGAGCUGAUCAAUGCCAAGACAAGGCCUGAAGUGGACGAAGCGAUGGGGAUUUUCCAGCAGAAGCUCGCUAUUGAAGAAAUUGUGAACUACACGCUUACCCAUAGUCCCAGACUUGUUCGACCGAUCAUUAGCUACGAUGAUACGGCUAUCGCAUUGAGCUUCAUUCCUGCUGCGGAGAUGGAGAUAGACCGAUAUACCUAUCAUCACCUGCGGCGGGAUCUCUGGGAUCUUGUGUCCGAGUCUGGAUGUCAGCUCAAUGCUAGAUAUAAUGUUCCUUCGGCUCAUGUGACUAUUGCACGAUUUGUUAUGCCUCCGGGUGUGGAUAAACUCAAAGAAGUGGAUAGUCUAUGUAGUAGAACCGUUGAGAUAAUUGAGAAAAUCGAGGAUAUCAACCAGGAGUUGAGAUCCGGUGAUUGGAAACGAUUUGGAAGCACCUCAAGAGGAGUGUGGGUGGUGGGACAGGAACAAGGCAUGGAGUUGAACCAAGGCCGAUCAUGGUAUGGAAAAGGAGAAGUAAUAUUGACGGGUGAAGGUAUUUAG